CUUGUAAAUUUGCUUUUACAUCGAAACAGAGUUGAGAAAAAAAAAAAAGCAAACAAAAAACAAACGACGAACUUCACGUAAAAGUACAAAGGCAGAGGAGAAGGUGAAAUUUGAAGUUGCGCUGAUCUUUCAUCUCUCUCUUUUGUUGUCCCAAAACCCAGAGGGAUGUUACAGAGGAAAAAGCAAAGGACUUCUCGUAAAAUCAGCUCUGAUCUCUUCGAUGGACUUCCUGAGGAUCUCGUUGUUUCCAUCCUUUGCAAGCUCGCUUCUUCCGCUUCUUGCCCUUCUGAUUUCAUCAACGUUCUCUUAACAUGCAAAAGAUUAAACCGUUUAGGCCUUCACCCUCUUGUCUUGUCAAAAGCUGGCCCAAAAGCUUUGGCGGUGAAAGCUCGAAACUGGUCCGAUUCCGCUCACCGUUUUCUCAAACACUGCGUUAACGCCGGUAACAUUGAAGCUUGCUACACUCUCGGCAUGAUCCGGUUUUACUGUUUACAAAAUCGAGGAAGCGGGGCAUCGUUAAUCGCCAAAGCAGCAAUCAAGACCCACGCGCCGGCUCUCUACUCGCUGGCGGUCAUACAAUUCAACGGAAGCGGUGGGUCGAAAAACGACAAGGAUCUUCGGGCCGGAGUAGCUUUAUGCGCACGAGCCGCUUUACUUGGCCACGUGGACGCACUCCGUGAGCUUGGCCAUUGCUUGCAAGACGGUUACGGCGUGCGCCGAAACAUAACAGAAGGACGCCGGUUACUGGUCCAAGCGAACGCGCGAGAACUCGCGUGGUCUUUAAACUCCUUCGUCAAACGACGACCCCAGCAACAGCACCAACGUCGUGUAAACUAUCAACAUUAUACUUGCAUGACGGGUUCGGGGUGUCCGUUGUUGAGUGAUUUCGGGUGCAAUGUACCCGCAACGGAGGGGCACCCGGUGAACGUGUUUUUAAAGGAAUGGUUCGAGUCAGGGGUGGGUGAGUUGGGUCAGGGGUUAAGGCUUUGCUCCCAUAAAGGCUGCGGGCGGCCUGAGACAAGGGCUCACGAGUUUAGGAGGUGCUCAGUUUGUGGCAUGGUGAAUUACUGCUCGCGUGGUUGCCAAGCGCUUGAUUGGAAGUUAAGACAUAAGGUGGAAUGUGGACCAAUGGAGCGGUGGAUGCAGGAAGGCGGAAAUGGGGACGGCGGCGACGGUGGGGCUGGAGUAGUGGAGGAGGUCGGGGACGCUGAAAACCUAGUUAUUGAAUGAUAAAGGGUAAAAUUGUAAAUGCAUACUCGUUAUUAUGGGGUAAAUUUCUUUUUUUCCUUUUUUUUUUUAAUGUUUGGGGUGUUUUUUUUUUU